AUGUACAUCUAUGUGCUGUUGAUUUUUCUACCCUUGCUCGUUAGCACGGAAAUAGUACAGGAGACGCAGGAACGAACUAUAUCAAAAACGUUCAGUGGAAUUGGAAAUAAUUCUUGGGUGGCUGAUCGGAUUUUAAAUGUCGUCGAAACAUUUAUUCCUUAUUCAAGAUCGCGUGAUACCAUGAAGAACCUUGAGGAAGCUCGGAAGAAAAAGAAACACAAGUUAAACAAAUACGUGGUACCAUUGAUCGUCGGAUUCCUCUUGAUAAAGUCGAUCCUCUUGCCGAUCGCCUUAAAGGCUCUCGCUGUUUUGAGUGGCAAAGCUGUCGUUCUAAGUCUGAUGAGUCUCAUUCUUGCUGCCAUCGUAGGUCUCAAGAAAGUCGCACAAAGUUCAUCUAGCAGCAGUUAUGAUGUCGUCAAUAUACCGUCGAGCAAAUACAGGCGUAAAGAUGCUUACGACGUGGUGGAUGACUUCGAAGAGGAAGAACCUUAUAGAUUUUACAGAGAAUAUCGUAGGAAGAAGUAAAAGCAUAAAUGACAUUUUCCUAAAUCGUUUAUUCACUUUUCCUUUGUCCCAAAUUAUAUCAUGCAAAGGACGUUAAUAAACAAGUCAUGCGCGUUCACAUUAAUGCAGAAUAAUCUGUAUAAUUGUAUUAAUUUUGUAUAAUUGCGUUACUCUUUUGCAGUUCAUAAAUUUAAGAAGAUAUUAAUUUACACAUAGCUUUUUGUAAAUAGUUACUUAUUAAGUAUUUUUAUAAUUCUGAAAGUUGUCUUAU